AGUCACCCGUGCGCCCGUGACGUCAUGGUCCGGCCUCUCCCCUAUAAAAAGGGCUGCAAGGCGCGGUGCCGGGCCCCAGAAUGGACACAGGUAAGGGGAGAGAUCGGACCCGGGCCGCUAUUAGACCGCGGAUCUAACACCCGGAGUCUAGCUCUUAAAUACAGCACUACCAAACUCCGACUGAGCAUCUCCUACAGGCCUCCGAGGGGAAGAAGAUGCAGCUGCUACUGAGGAUCCCUUCAGUUCCCGAGAGGAGCGAGACGGACUGCGGUAUAUGCUACCGGCCUUACAACCUGCAAGGUCGGGCGCCACGCCGCCUGCCCGGAACGGCGAGACAGCGGUGCGGCCACACGCUCUGUACCUGCUGCCUACGGGAGCUGGCCGCCCGUGGGGGCGGCGGCGCCGUGGUGCGCUUGCGCCGGGCGGUCAUUUGCCCUUUCUGCCGCGCGUCCUCCCCCUUACCGCGUGGCGGAGUCACGCAGGUGCCUUUGGACCUGGAUUUGUGGUCUCUCCUGAAGGAGAGAGAAGGCGUGCAGAAAGACGCCGGGGGCGAAGCUUCCGAAAUCGUGAGGGAAGGUGAAGACGAGCAAGGGGCGGGACCGUGGGGCAAGGCGUGGCGCAUGCUUCUUGGGCUCUGGGACAAAGCAGCGAGCCGGCGCAGGCACCCGUUACCUAGCGAUGUGCUUUACUGCUGUCCAGAGAGCAAGACCCUUGCAGGCUGCUACAUGCUAUAACUGAGGAUACUGUGGGCUGUAAGAAUGAAAAGUGGAAACAGCUGCUACCUCCUUUUGCUGCCCACCCAUGAGGGUGGGUUAAAAAGCUUUUGUUCCUGCCAGCUCCAGGGAUUGGUGUUUUUUGUGCGUGUGCACACGCGCGUGCAUAUGGAAUUUAAAAUUCAUGAGGUGGUAUAGGAACUUGGCUCUGGCCUCAGUCUUCCUCUAUACUAGGAUACAAAGGACUGACAGCCUAGUUAGUCUCCAUAUUUGAUAGGGCAGAUCCACAAUGGUUCCUUUCACCUAUAUGGUGGAGCAGCUCCCAUAUUUCUGUGAAAUGGUUUCAGGUGUUAAAGAAUGUCAUAGUAGGAAGAGCUUCUUUUAAAUGGAAUAAACUCCCUAAAUGUGGCACUGAGCACCAAAUAUCUGCACUUUGUUAUUGCCUUAGUAUCAUCACUUCUCCCCACUCAACUCCUAAUGAAUUUGUACUUUGUAUGAAUGUCCUUUUUUGCACUUAUUCAUUUGUGCAUAUUUCUUUUUUUCCUACUAAAUUGUAAACCUGUCAAAGAU